GUGUAACUCCACAAGGUGCUGAGGUAGGCGUACGAGAAAUGGAAGAAAGUGACCUCCCCUUUGUGGCCCACAUGGUUCAAAUGGAGGGCUGGGUCAAAUCCGUGCCAAUGGCGAUGGCCAUCAAGUCUAUGAGUCCUGGAGGGGCGCUGGUAGCGGUAGACACGGAAGGAAAUGUCAUGGGUAGGUAGAGGAAUGAUUCGUCACAAUGAUUCUGUGACAAGUAGAUUUGGAGCUUCAGUUAAUUUU